GCGCUGGUUACGCAAGUAUAAAAGAGCUCAACCUCUCGACAUGAGAACUCCACUCGGUUUAGGACAAUCGCGUGCGGCCGUUAUAGGUUAAGUUGGAUACAAUGAGUGCCCCAAUUCGAAGUCCGGAAAUAAAAUAUACUCAAUUGUUCAUCAACAAUGAAUGGGUGAACAGCCAGAGCGGGAGAACGUUCCCCACCCUCAACCCGUGCACGGGCAAGGAGAUAUGUCAGGUGCAGGAGGCGGACAAGGCGGAUGUUGAUCUUGCUGUGAAAGCUGCCCGUGCUGCAUUUCGUCGUGGCUCCCCCUGGAGGAAACUGGACGCUUCUAAGAGGGGACAACUCAUGAACAAGCUUGCAAGACUCAUGAGAGAUAAUAUCACAUACAUCGCUAGCCUGGAGACGCUGGACAACGGCAAGCCGUUUGGGGAGGCGUACGAGGACAUCAUCGCCUCGGCGGAGACUAUCGAGUACUACGCCGGCUGGUGUGACAAGAUACACGGCCAGACCAUCCCCGUCGACGGCUCUUUCUUCACCUUCACCCGUCACGAGCCCGUUGGCGUCUGUGGAGCUAUCAUACCGUGGAACUACCCGGUGCUGAUGCUGGUGUGGAAAGUGGGACCGGCCCUGGCCUGCGGGAACACCCUGGUGCUCAAACCCGCCGAGCAGACGCCGCUGUCCGCCCUCUACAUGGCCUCCCUUAUCAAAGAGGCUGGCUUCCCACCUGGCGUGGUGAACAUUGUGCCUGGGUACGGUCCUACUGCCGGGGCCGCCAUUGCAGAACACAUGGACAUCAAUAAGGUGGCCUUCACUGGAUCCACUGAGGUUGGUCAUCUGGUCAUGCAGGCCGCGGGUCGCACCAAUCUGAAGAGAGUGUCACUGGAGCUGGGAGGAAAGAGUCCCUUCAUUAUAUUUGAGGACUGCGACCUGGACCAGGCGGCGACGUUUGCCCACGCCGCGAUAAUGACGAACCACGGCCAGAACUGCGUGGCGGGGUCUCGAACCUUCGUCCAGGAGUCAAUCUAUGACGAGUUUGUUGCUAAGUGCAAGGCGCUCGCACAAAAAAGGGCCGUCGGUGACCCAUUUGAUAGCUCCGUCCAACAAGGCCCGCAGAUCGACGAGGAGCAGUUGAACAAGAUCCUGGGUCUGAUAGAGUCUGGCAAGAAGCAGGGGGCAAGUCUACAGUGUGGAGGGGAAAGACAUGGGGACACAGGGUACUUCGUCAAGCCCACCGUCUUCUCUGACGUCACUGACGACAUGCGCAUCGCUAAGGAGGAGAUAUUUGGUCCGGUGCAGUCAAUUCUGAAGUUCAAGGACGCCGACGAGGUCUUACAGCGCGCAAACAAUACCUCAUACGGUCUGGCCGCUGGCGUAAUGACACGUGAUAUCAGCAAGGCAUUGAUGAUGUCACAGAACCUCGAGGCGGGAAGCGUGUGGGUGAACUGUUACGAUAUCGUGAAGCCGCAGACUCCGUUUGGAGGAUUCAAAAUGAGCGGACAGAGGAGAGAACUUGGCGAAUACGCCCUGCAAGAGUACACAGAGGUGAAAACGGUGACCAUCAACUUUCCAGAUAAAUACACGUUAUUCUGCCGGUGAAGUGAUUCCACAUCAACUUUCCAAAUAAAUACACGUAAUUCUGCCCGUGAAGUGAUUCCACAUCAACUUUCCAGAUAAAUACACGUAAUUCUGCCGGUGAAGUGAUUCCACAUCAACUUUCCAGAUAAAUACACGUAAUUCUGCCGGUGAAGUGAUUCCACAUCAACUUUCCAGAUAAAUACACGUAAUUCUGCCGGUGAAGUGAUUCCACAUCAACUUUCCAGAUAAAUACACGUAAUUCUGCGGGUGACGUGGUUCCACACCGACCAUCAACUUUUCAGAUAAAUUACACAUAAUUCUGCGGAAGACGUGAUUCCACACCGACGCACAGCUGUUCAUACUGCAUCUUUAUGUAGUGACAUUUAUAGACAAGACACCUCUACGUUCAUCCACAUUGUAAUCGAGAGAACACAUUGAAGCAUGAAUAUUGACGUUGAACGUGCCUGUGUUACCUUAAAUAAACGUGAGCGUUCAUAGCAUCAUCCUACAUACAAAGUUCACUCUCUAAAAACCGACCUUUGUAAACCGGAAUCCUCUGUAAACGGAACAGAGACUUAAACUGUAUGGGGUUAAAAUUUAUUGUAUAGUAUAAAAGCAUAGUCGAUGUAGUACACGAUAUAUAUUACUAUUUUAGCAGUUUGAUAUAUGCAAAUAAAGCAACAAACAAUUA